AUGUCGGAUCCGAUUUCCGGAUUUUUAACAUUUUUCUCAUUUACUAUUUUGUAUAAUUUAAAAUUCUUUUUAAGGUAUCAACUCCAACUUUUUCAAAUAAAAGAAGUAAAUUCAGAAACUAUUAGACAAGCAAAUAUUUGUUCAACUCGAAUGGGUAGAGUACAGCAAACUUUAAGUGAAUAUUCCGAACAAAUGGAUAAAUUAGAGAAAUUAUUUAAAAAUAAUUAUUUAAAUGAUUGGAAUUAUAAAUUAAUUAAAAUUGGAAAAGAAGUAAAUGAAAUUGAAAAACAAAUAUUACAAACAGAAUUAAUUAUUUUAAAAUUAGAAGAAAAAAUUAAAAUUAAAGAAGAAAAAAGAGAGGAAGGAGAAGAAAAUGUUGAAGAAGAUUUAUUAAAAUUAAAUAUUUAA